AUGGCUUCAUCUCGCCUAGAGGCCGGAGAUGGCGUCAGCUCACAAGACAUUGCAGGAGAAACAGAGAAUGGCGCCCCUCGAUACGCCAUACCGCGACGAGAUCUCACAGCCGUUGAGAUCCCAGCGGUUGUUGAAAACAUCGACCGGGCUGUCAGGGCAUUUGGGAGAGUGCCUUCACUUAGACAUGUUCUAGAUCCUCAGAGAAAUUCAGUGCCGUUGUAUAUAAAUCCAGAGGAGCCCUUUUGCCCGCCAAUCAUGUCACAUAAUGCCAGGUCUCACAACAUCGUUCUCAAAGUCACAGUCCCCAAACGCACUGGAAGGAAGCGCAAGCGCGGAACAAACGAGCCCUGGCAAGGCGAUGUGGAAUUCCAAGGCAUCGACCCAUCGGCCCCAGCAUCGGAGAAUGUUCGUUCCAUAGGGCGUCAUGACGAUCCAAGACUUCUAAGGCGCAAACUAGAAGACACUAUCGGCAAAUAUCACGUCGAGGCUGCGGGCUUAAUCAAGCACACGCAUCGCUUCAGGGGCUUGGCUGACUUUUACUGGGACAUGGACAAAUCAUCAUUUGCACAGAGAUUUGUCGAUCAAGUUCUCCCCGGAGAUGUUGAAAAAAUUAAAGACUUCAAAUUCACGCCUGGCAUCGACCAAGGCUCGAAUGUGGACAUUAUUCCACCACCCAUCUUUACCCACAUGAGUUUGCCAUUCAACUAUUUCUACUCACAAAAUCCCUAUGUUCGUUUGACAGAGGAUGGCGGUACCGUCAAUACAACGGCGGUCAAACAAGUUGGUCAUUUCAUCGGAACAGAAGAUCCUGCUCCUGCCGGUCCCCAAAUUCCUCCAGACAUGACAGAUCCACGCAUGGUGGAGGUUAUUGCCCAGCUUGAAGAAGCAUUUGCGUAUCGCCCCGUAUGGACUCGACGAUCUCUAUUGAAUCAUCUUGCUGGCAAGCUCCGAAACUGGAACGAGCUUAAAAAGUAUCUGAACUACGCGGCUUACCAGUUCAAGGGUGGGCCAUGGAGAGAUGGAGUCGUUCCCUAUGGAAUCGACCCCAGAACUGAUCCCAAAUAUCGCAUUUAUCAAACCCUCAUGUUCAAGCUUCCCAAGCAGAAGCGUGCUCGCAAAGACCAGACCUGGCAGUCGCUUCGCAGAGCCCAGAUGGGCCGAACAAAGGAGUUUGUAGAAGAGCUAUCGGCCAGCCAUACGUUUGACGGAGAAACAUAUCACACCGAUGGCAAGGUGUGGCAGGUGUGCGAUAUUACGGACCCGUUGCUCCGCGAGCUUUUGGAUAAUGCAGAGGUGCGUCCUACGUGGGAUGUCAGCAGCGGAUGGUAUCACGGAGGCUUGUGGGCAAAAGUCAAGGCCAUCAUGAAGACGAAACUGGUGGCGAUCCAGUUUGGCCGACAACUCACCAAAGAGGACUUUGCGCCAACGCUGCAGUGUGGAGAUCAGACUCCUAUGCGGACUACGUCGGCAACCUUUCACCUUCCAUUGCCCAAUUUACACCUUACAAACGAAGAGCUCACGCAGCUUCGGGGUCGAGAACCUUCGAAGAAGAAGAGUCAGGUUUAUAACGUCAGGGUUCGUCCUCGUACUAGAAGGCCAGAUGCCGAUACCGAGGAGCAGUCGGUCGUUACCUCUCACGAUGCCAAUGCAGACGCAGAUGUGGACGCAGAGGCAGAAGCUGCUAGUAUCCUUGGAAGAAUGGAGUCCCAUAGUGAGGGUUCCGAGGCUGGCAGCGAUGCUGAUGAUGAUGAUGAUGAUAAUGAUGAUGAUGAGGAUGAUGACGAGAACGAGAACGAGAACGGUUCAGAAGAAGACGAUAGGAUGGAUCGCACUGGUUUUGAAAGGGAUGAAGAUGAUGAAGAUGGUUUCGGUGAGCUGGAAGAUGAGAGGUAG